GCUGGCCCCCCCCUCUUUGACCCUGGAGCCUUCCCCGUCCUCCCCGCAGCAGGACCCCCGCUGGACUCCGCUGGAGGACAUGGAGGUGUUUUCUCCGGAUGAUGACGCUGCAGACGGCCAGAGGAAGAGCACCGCACCCCCCCCCCCGCCAGGACCCCCGCUCAGCCCCAAAGGGUCUUCAGGCCGCCGCUCCUCGGCGUCAAUGCUUCACCGUCUCCUCACGCUGCCGUCUCAGCUGCUGGAGGAGGACGACGACGAGGCCGACGCUGCCGCCAACGAGACGCUCGCCGCGCUGGCCAUCGAGGGCGUCGGCGCCCGGCGAAACGGCGUGGAGCCGCUGACCGGCCGCCCCGGCCUCUCGCCCCCGGCAACCAGGGAGGAGGAAGAGGAGGAGGAAGAAGAGGAUGAGGACAAAGGGAGGAAGAAGAAGAGGCGGAGGGUUUGGUCCGAGUGUGAGGAAUGCGGGCGACGGUUCAGCCGGAUGUCUCUCCUGAAGGCUCACCGUCAGACUCACGUCGCCGAUAACGCCGGCGCCGCCGACACAUCGUCUCCUUCGUCCCCGCCCGGAGGCGGCGGUGCCUCGGCGCUAUGCUGCUCGCACUGCGGGAAGAGGUUCUCCUCGACGACGCGCCUCCACAGCCACGUCAGGACCCAGCACCCCGGGAACAGGACCUGAGGAAAGUCCAAAAUUUUCCCGACUGGAAAAGGAAAGGGGAUCAACGGAGAGUCCGACAAACAAGCCCAACAAAAACCAGACAGAGUCCACAGAGCAGGAACAGAAACCAUAACACGGAAACAAAAAAGUCCGGAAAUCGCCACAAAAUCAAUAUACUGCACAUACUUUCGGUUAGAGGGCAACUACCACCAAACCCACCAAACUCCAUGUAAAUAAUCAGGAGUUUUAGCAUCGUAAAACACACUUCAUUCAAAGUGGACAGAAACAAAGUAAAAGCCGUUUUGGGUCGUUUUUUCACUUUUCCAACCAUCACAACUCUAGUUCUGGUUAAAAUAAACAACUAGUUUACAGAUUUGCAUGUGGAAAUAUGUUGCCUCUAUACACGCUAAAAGUACUGUUUUUUAAACGGAGUCUGGUGGGUUUGGGGCUAGCGACCUCAGAGCCGUUUCUGGUUAAACAGAAAGGUCUUAAAGAGAAAACCCUUUUAGUCAGAAACAACAAAAUCACCGUCGCCAAUACUGCAAAAGUAUUUUAUCAUCCCAGAAGAAUCUGCUCAGGCCAUAAUCACACUUGGCGUGUUUUAUUUAUUUUAUUUUUUUUUUAGACAAGAAAAAGAAAUGACUAUAGGGAGCUUUUGUGGCGGCGUUACUGUACGUACACACCACCGCCGACUUGAGCUUCUAAGUUACCGUCAAAUGUCAUUCAUUUUCAAUGGAAGCUUCUCUCAGCCGCAAGGAGCGGCAAAUCUGUCGGCAUCGCGUUUUGGCCGUUUUGAGUGACCAGAGCGUCAAUCAGAAAGUUGAAAGUAUGUUAACUUUAUGGUAUAGGGGUCUGACGCGGUUAAGGGGCAAGCAGCGGCAAAUGACCAGCAACCAAUAGGAAUAUAGACGUCCUUCGCGCUGGCUGAUUCCAGAGAAACGAUAGAAUACGAUGUAAACUUUGGUUCCUACCAGAACAUUAGUUCAGAGAAAAUGGAGGAAAAGCUCAUAAUCGCCGUUGCUGGGUUCCCUAUCAUUUAUGAUAGGAUGUUG